GAAUCCACAGCGGCGAGCCGCAAAAGCGGGCCAAAGAGGUGCCGAAUCCAGGCGAACGGAGAAGAGAGAUCUGGUUCGGACGGAAUGAACGAGUCCCACCCACGCAGUCCCACCACCGAAAGGCCACACGAGAAAUUGGACCUCGGCUUCCCAAGCGAAACCCUUUUCUCUCCUCUUCUUCCAUCGUCAAAUUCUCUGCCACCCCGCUUCGGGCCCACCGCCGUUGGCUCGCCGGAUCCGACUCCUUCUCUCCUCCCUUCGUGAAUCCCUCGCCGGCGACGUCACGCGUCUUCUCUCCGCUUCUCCUCUCACCUCUCAGGCCCCCUCACCGAAUCGCCGCCGCCGGACCGAGCCCUCUUCCUCCUCCUCCUCCUCCUUCUCUCUCUCUCUCUCUCUCUCUCUCUCUCUCACACACACACACACACACACAACACACACACAGAGUUCCGAUUCGUCCGUCGAGCCUUGCCGCUGCCGGAGAAGGAUAGCUACUCAAAACAACCUACAGCCAAAGUUGUCGACGAUCAUCAAGAACCUUGCAGGGUAACACUGCUGCAGCCUUCGAGUAAUGGAUCCAGGGCAUUAUGCUCUGCAACAAGGAUGGGACAAUAACAGCGCACUGGAGGGGUACAAUGCUGUCAAUGAGCCAGAUUACAGGGCUAGUGGCUCAUACAGUGGUAGGAGAUUUUCGGAUGAAAGUUUUUCUGGAGAAUCUGUAUAUCCUAGGAGUGGAUUUGGCCGGGACACACAUGAGAGGGAGAUAUUUCAACCUCCACCGCCUAUAACUGGCAUUUGGCCUCAUUCUAGGAGAAAUUUUGAUGACGAAUAUACAGUUGUUAGAGAAUCUAGAAGACAUGACUCCUUCCAUGAGAUGGAUUAUCGUGAUGCAGAAAAGUGUCGUGAAAUUGAUUACUCCCAUGGAGAAGAUAAAUUUCGUGAUAGUUACCGUGCUGCUAACAAUUAUUAUGAAACGGACAAUUACCAUGAUUAUGGUUUUGAUAAGCAUGCAAGGAUGGGGGCUAGAGAGCGUGAUGAACUUGGUAGUGAUUAUGAUCUUCCACGCCAUUUCUCUCACCAAAGCAGGGAGAAUAGUCGUGAAAGAGAUUAUGACUAUGAUCGUUACAAUUAUGAGUCUGAUCGUGAGAAGGGCAGGAGAGAGAGCGGCUGGCGAAGACGUGAAUCAAGAGAUCGUGGACGGGAAAAAAGAGGCUUGAGUCGUGAAAGAGAUCAAAGUCCAUAUAGGCAUCGUGAGCGUUCUCGCUCCCAAGGACGUGAUGACCGAUCGAGAUCAAGAUCACCUCGAAGUAGGAGUCAUGGUCGAAGUUAUAGAGAGAGCAGUUAUGAUGAUAGUCGAUAUGAUAGGAGUGACAGGCGGAGGGAUUAUGAACGUGAUGAGAAAAGAUAUCCUGACUCAGUGGCCCCUUCAGCCACUCUUGUUGUCAAGGGACUAUCACAAAAGACAACUGAAGAAGAUUUAUAUCAAAUUCUUGCUGAGUGGGGACCUCUUCGCCAUGUACGUGUAAUAAAGGAGAGGAGUACUGGCAUCUCUCGUGGCUUUGCUUUUAUUGACUUUCCUACAGUGGAAGCUGCACGCAGCAUGAUGGCUGGUAUUGGAGAAAAUGGUCUGAUGAUCGAUGGGAGGAAGCUAUUUUUUGAGUAUAGUAGUAGGCCUACUGGUGGGGCAGGUACGCCUCUAGGACAAGAAAGUUUGAUGAGGUCUAGCCAUGGGUACAACAGAACUACUGCUGCACCAUGUGAUUGGAUGUGUACAAUUUGUGGAUGUGUAAAUUUUGCUCGCCGAACUUUCUGUUUCCAGUGCAAUGAGCCACGGAUGGAGGAUGCUCCGCCAGCUGAUGCCACAGCCUCCACUCCAGCACUACUUGGGAAAAGGGGAUCUGAUUCUGGUCCUACACAUGUCUUAGUUGUUCGAGGCUUAGAUGAAAAUGCUGAUGAGGAAAUGCUUCGCUAUGAAUUUUCCAAGCAUGCUCCUAUAAAGGACCUUCGCCUUGUUAGAGAUAAGUUUACUCAUGUAUCCAGGGGUUUUGCUUUCGUCCAUUUCCAUUCGGUGGACGAUGCUACAAAAGCGCUUGAAGCAACAAAUGGAAGAGCAAUUGAAAAAAAGGGUCAAAUUUUACGUGUAGCAUAUGCCAAAAGCAUACACGGGCCCGUGUCAGGGGCUCCACCAUCAAGCAGUCUUGCAGCAGCUGCAAUUGAGGCAGCAACAUUUUCUCAACAGUACAACACUGCAGGUUGGGCUCCAAAGGAGUACAAUGCUGAUGACAAGCAAUCUACCAGUAGUCAUGGGCAAAAUGCAAACACAGAAGCUCAGAAAAGUGGUUCAGCUUCACAGUGUGGGUUUGUAUGGGAUGAAAAAUCUGGUUAUUACUAUGAUGCUGCUUCCGGUUUCUAUUAUGAUGGAAACACUGGCCUUUACUAUGAUAGUAAUACAGGAGUUUGGUAUUCUUAUGAUCAACAAACGCAGCAGUAUGUCCCUUGUGGUGAUCAGAGCAACAGUAAGACACUGGGAGAGUCAGCAAAUGAAUCUUCAAAAGCAACAGAUAGUAAUAAUAGUAGAAAAGUAGUGAUAUCUGCACCUGCAGCUACGAUAAAACCAAAUGAGAAAGUUUCCUUGCCUGAUGCUGUUCAAGCUGCUGCAAAUGCGGCAUUAGCUGCAGAGAAAAAGGAAAAGGAGAAGUCAAAAGAAAUUAAGUUGGCAUCCAAGACGAGUCUCCUAGCCAACAAGAAGAAGAUGAAUAAUGUCUUGGCAAUGUGGAAGCAAAGAAAUCAUGAGGGGCAGGCUGCCCGUGUCGUCCUUGAUGACAAGGAACCGGUUAGCUUAACAGAUGAUAAGCAUAAUACUUCAUUCAUUGCCUCUGCGAGUUCAUCAUCAAAAAAUAAGCUAAAAUAUGAGUUUGGAAAUCCCAGAGAGUCGAGCACAGCAUCGGUUUACACUUCAGUUGUUGACCAUGGUGCUACACCAUCCAUCUCUAGUCAACCGGUUGAUUCAGAUUCUCAGAUAAAGCCGAGACCAGUGAGUAAUAGUUUAGGAGGUACCGUCAUGGGUGUUAUAAGAGGCUCUGGGAGAGGGGUUACAAAGUCGGCCACCACAUUUCCCACCUCUUCUCUUGUGGGUACCUCCGUUGCAUGUACCGAGGGAUCAGUGUUAGCCAAUAUUAAUACGGAGGCUCCUGCUUCUGCUGCGCCCUUCAGAACAGAUGCAUCAGCACUUGGUUCGUAUCCAUCAUCUGGGCCUGGGGGUGGUGGGAAGCGGAGGUUCUCUGAGACGCCAACCCAAUCUAUGCACAGGGAACAGACAACAUAUAGAGACCGGGCUGCGGAGAGACGAAACCUCUAUGGGUCAUCGUCUUCAUCUGUGGGGAAUGAUUUGCCAGACAUCGAACUUGGGGAUUCAACUGGUGACUGUCAAUAUCGAAAAAGUUCCUCCAGUGAGAUAGGAGCAAUGCCAUUCCCCCCCGGUGUUGGUGGACGGGGUAUUGGUGAAACACUAAGCAACACUGAAAGUUACGAGCAUAUCACCGCCGAUCGUGCCAUUGAUGAAAGCAAUGUGGGUAACAGGAUUCUCCGCAGCAUGGGCUGGCAAGAAGGACUGGGACUCGGGAAGGAUGGGAGUGGCAUCAAGGAACCCGUCCAAGCAAAAGUCGCGGACGACAGGGCCGGUCUUGGGUGUCAGCAGAGGAAAAUAGAUCCCUCAUUGGAGGCGCAAUCUGGAGACAGCUAUCGAACCAUCAUCCAGAAGAAAGCAAUUGCAAGAUUCCGCGAAAUGUCUUGAGCGUGUGCCGGAGAAAACAGAAAGAAAAGCAGUGAUUACCUAUCCUAUGGUCUUGUUUUGUUUCCACAGCUUGCUUGUUCUUCCGCUUUGCGCCGCCUGCGUUAUGGUUCUGCUAUUUAAAGUCUUUAGUAUGUCUCUUUUUGGUGACUGCUGCUUAGAUGCUCUGUCAAGCCAUCUUCAUUUCUCAGCUGUACCCUUCCUUCUAUUCAGUUGCCCUUGCGGCUUGAGCGUUUCAGUCGGUGGUGGGGGUGAUUGUCAUAUCUAUGAAGCAACCUGGUACUCUGUAAUUGUUACUCAAAUUGGAGAAUUUCCUUCAUCUAUCCUUGCGUUCAAAA